AUGACGGAAGCUAAACCCAAGACCACAGGCACUUUGGCCAAAAUCGGACGUCUCUUCAAGGCCACCACUCCCGAACCCAAGACGCCGGCCAAGAGCCCUACUCCGGGAAGUCCCGAAAACGACACGGUCGCCGCGAAGAUCCCAGCCCCACGCGGCCGCAAGCCGCACGCUCUGAUGAUCUCCGGGAUGAUCAAUGGAACUGGCGACACCGACGACGACGUGCUCGCUCCGCUUCCCAACGAUCGUUCACGCACAGCGUCUCCUCGCUCGGCUGUGUCUCCUACAUCUUCCAAACCCUUUCAGAGCCUGAUAGACUUGUCUCAACCUCAACCGACUCAUUUGUCUGUCACACACAUUGAGGAGGAUCCAAACACCUCCCGCUCGUCUCCGGCAUCGAGACUGUCUUCUGUGAUCAGCUUGCCUCGCAAGAACAACCUGUUCAUCAAGCCAAAGCUGUCGUCGAUCUCGCGCUCUUCCUCCACGAAAAGACCAAACGAAAAGGAGAACCUCACCAUAUCUCCCUCGGUUUCCAGUACGCAAUUGUCUGCUGCAGCCACGCCGGUCCCUAUAAAGCCUAGAUUCAAGAUGUUUGAAGAUGGCUCCCACGAACAUAACUUGCGUGCAGCUAGACGUCAAGAUAAGAUCAGUAACAUGUUGAAGGAUCUACUUGGAGCCAAGAAACUCCGUAAUGAAGCCAAGUCGGCGGUGCCGAACAUUCUUCUGCCUCAAAAUAAGCCAGAAGAUGAACCUCCCACCUUGUUUGCAGGUCUUGUCAGCCAGGUCAAAAAGGAGGGAAUGCCUGAUGCCAACGCUAAGGAUCCCGAAUUCAGCCAACAGGAUUGUCGCUCGUUUGUUCAGAAGUAUGGCCAGUGCCAGGAAGUGAUUGGCCGUGGCUCCUUCGGUGUGGUGAGAAUAUCCCAUAAGAAGGCUGACGCAAAGGCUGGUUGCCAUGACGACGCCUUGUACGCCGUCAAGGAAUUCAAAAGAAAGCCAAGCGAGUCGGAGAAAAAGUAUUCUCGGCGUCUCACAUCAGAAUUCUGUAUUUCGUCUUCAUUGAAGCACAUCAACAUCAUCGAUACCCUAGAUCUUCUCAAAGAUGCGAAAGGUGACUAUUGCGAGGUUAUGGAAUUCUGUCUGGGUGGUGAUCUAUACACCUUAAUUAUUGCAGCAGGCAAGUUAGAAUAUGCCGAGGCUGACUGCUUAUUCAAGCAGCUCAUACGUGGUGUCAAUUACAUGCAUGAUAUGGGAGUCGCUCACAGAGACUUGAAGCCUGAAAACCUUCUUUUAACACAACAAGGUGUUUUGAAGAUCACAGAUUUCGGUAACGGCGAGUGCUUCCGCAUGGCAUGGGAAGAAGAUAUCCACUUGAGUGAUGGAGUGUGUGGCUCCAGUCCUUACAUUGCACCUGAAGAAUUUACACAGAAGCACUUCGAUCCUCGCUGUGUGGAUAUCUGGGCGUGUGGAGUGAUCUACAUGGCCAUGAGAACAGGAAGGCAAUUGUGGAAGGUUGCCAACGCGAAAGACGAAUUUUUCGAGGAGUACAUUCAGAAACGGAAGAACGCUUCUGGAUACGAGCCUAUCGAGUCGUUGAAGAGAGCACGGUGUAGGAACGUUAUUUAUUCGAUUUUGGACCCGAUUCCCGACAGAAGAAUCACCGGAAAACAGAUUCUCAACAGUGAAUGGGGCCGCGAGAUCGUUGUUUGUGCCGCAGGGAACGGCGGCGUGGCUGCUUCCAACAAGUCUCAGGAGAAGCUCAACAGAUCGACUGUCAAGGUCAACGAGCUUGCCAAACAGACCGUGUGA